AUGCAGCAGAUUGUUAGCCGAUUCUGUUUGCUGCUGGUUAUAUGCUCUGUUCUCGAGUUCCACCAGAGGAUUCUGCGUUUCUUUCUGGGGAUCUUCGUGAUGGAAUGCGCCGCCUGCCUUAAGUUUUUGGCUCAGAUCAGCGAGUUCCGCGGUGGGUUCAUUGUGUUCGGAUGUUUCUCGCAGGCUUUCAAUUUCCUGUGGCUUUUUUUGCUUUUCGCAUUUGGGUUAAAGCUGCUUAAGCUCACUUCCUUCGGGAUUGGUCUGAUUCAGCUGUUGCAAUAUGAUAUUAGAGGCAAAUCAAUUGAUCCUAGAAAUGGGUUUUCUUCUAGGAAGGGUUUCGAUCUAGCAUUCCACUCCAAGGUUGUCUCUUUCAACAAGGGUUGCUUGGCGAUUGAGAAUCUAAAAUCCACCAAGGAUAAGGACGAUUCCGAUUCAGAAGACGAUGAAUUCGACGUGUUGGCAUUGAGGAGAUUGGUUAGGAAGGAGAGGCGGAGAGCUGUGGCGGCCCAAUUGGAACUGGAGAAGGAAAGAAUGGCUGCGGCGUCUGCUACUGAUGAAGCAAUGGCUAUGAUUCUAAGGCUCCAGAAUGAGAAAAGCUCCGCUGAGAUGGACGCCAAGCAGUACCGCAGAAUGGCAGAACAAAAGCAGGAGUACGAUCAAGAAGUUAUCCAGUCCUUCCAAUGGAACAUCAUGCGACACGAAUAUGAAAGGAGCUUGCUGGAAGAGAAGCUCAAGUUGUGCAGGCAACAGUUGCAGCGCUGCUUGAGGAGGGAUGAAAUGGAGGAACUUGAUGCUGCUCUCGACUCAUUAGGUUCAACCUCUGAUUGUGGUUUGGAUGAGGAUGAAUUAAUGAUGGAGUUUGAAUCUCCAGCAGCUACUGUUCAGGCAAAAGUUUUUCAAGAAGAUGUGUUUGGACAGAAUGAUGAAGGGAUCGAGCAGCAUGCAUAA